AUGAAGCAAUGCGCCAAAGAUAACAAAAACCUUGGUUUCAAGAUGGAUAGCAUGCAUGAUCAUCUUCAAAGGAGUAACCAGGAGCUGUAUGAGAGAUUUAUCAACCUCUCUAAUCAUGUUAAGAUGGUGGAAGUGCAAGUUUCCCAAAUUGCAGAAGGAUCCAAGAGACAAGCCAAUGUUCUUCCGGGAAAAGUGGAGGAGAACCCUAAGCGUGAAGAUGAUGAGCCUAUUUCAAAAGCACCACAUCAAAGGAGGCUUAAGAAGAGAGAAGAUCCAGUGAAGUUUAUCUUCCCUUGCACAAUCAAUGGUAUUGACUUUAUUGACUCUUUGUGUGAUACAGGAUCUACAGUGAAUCUCAUGUCUAAAAUCAUAGCAAAGAAGCUUGGGAUUGUAGAGAUGGAGCCUCCUGGAAAGAUGCUCAAGUUUGCAGAUGCUUCUAGCACAACUCCAUAUGGCUUUGUGCGUGAUCUAGAGAUGCAAGUAGGGGAUGUCUAG